AAAUGUCGGAAAAGUCCAAAAGCGAACGUCAAUCUAAACCUCUAUAUUUUCAAGAGGAUCCUGACAUAACAGACCUGAUUUUGAUGGUAGAGAACAAAGAACUUUACGUGACAAAAGUAAUUCUUAUGCGAUCCUCUCCAGUUUUCCGGGUCAUGUUUACUUCUGACUUCAAGGAGAAGAAUGAAAGUACAAUAUCAUUCCCGGAGAAAAAAUAUGAAGACUUCGUAUUGUUUCUGCGAAGUUUUCAUCCAGGAGAGCAUUUAGAGCUAAAUAUUUCAGUAAUAGAAAGCAUCCUUCCUUUAGCAAGAGAAUAUGCCAUUGAUGUCUUGAUGAAAAACUGCGAAGAGUGGUUGUUAGUAGAUGUUAAAACUCGAACAGAAGAUGUUCACUACCAAGCAAAAUGCUUCUAUCUCGCUGCAGUGUACAAUUUUGAUGAACUCUACAACAAAAUGCUUGAAAAACUGAGAACCGCUGCUGUCAAUACUUAUGAGAAUGUGCCUAGUUUCAAAAUGCUUCCAUCAGAAGACAAGGCCUGUUUACUUAAAAAACGCUGUGAAGAUGUUGAAAAAAAUAAUGCAGACCUCGAAAAGCAAAUUUCAAACAUUAAAAAUAACAUAAAUAAAUAUAGAAUCACGUGUACAAAAUGUGGCAACCCAACCAACAUAUCUGAAGGAGACAAAAAUAGGCUUUUGUAUCAAAACUAUUAUCCCGAGCCGUCCACGGGAAGAUACCGAGUAUUUAAAAAAAAGCUGGUGAAAAAGACGGACGGGCAGUUGCCAAAAGGGGCCACCUUUAAUAAUCUGGAUAACUCCUCGUACAUGAACCUUUUUGCUUUGUCGAUCAAUUGUACAUAUUUCAGAGAUGUGCAUAUUAGUAGGAUUUUAACUUUUUUAAAUUAAGUUUUGAGAAAAAUACCAGAUUUUUUUAAUGCUUUAUUUUUGAAAAUUUUCAUAAAUACAAACAAAAACACACACAAACACACCCUCGCACACCACAGACACCCUGUGCACUUUUCCCAAAAUACCAGCUUUCAUAACUAUACAUCUAAAGUGAUCAUUGGAAUUUUUUAUGUAUGACAAAUCAAAUCCAUUAUUUCUCAUUUACAAUACAUUUUUGUUCUUCCAUGAAAAUUGCUCUCACAAUAUUUUUCAA